UUCACUUGCAUGAAUAUGAUGUAGCUCUUGGUUUGCUUUAGCAGCAAAGUGCAUUACUUUCCUCAUAUAUUUUAUAUAUAUUGUAGGCUACUCAUCAGGAAAUUCUUGCGUCUGAAGAUGUUGAUUAUGCACGCGCGCGGACAAUAGCGUGAACCUGCCGCGCGGAACUUCAUAGCCAGCAUCAUUUAUGACAAGCAUGAACACGCGGGCGUAAGUUUCAUGCUGGUUUGGACAGACUGAAGGUAUACAUUUUAACAUGGGCCAAUCAUACGCAGCCAAUGUGACUGAUGAUGCGAUUCAUGGUGGAAACCGUGCCACCAUCUGGCACGAGGACGGUGUGGGCAACGAUACCAUCGAUCCUUACAAGCCCACUUUUGCGAAUGACAUCACCAAGCACCUGGGCGUUCAAGUUUUACUUAUCUUAGCAUAUUCCCUCAUAAUUCUGCUGGGACUUGUGGGUAACAGCCUGGUCAUUUACAUGAUCGUACUGUACAGAAACAUGCGCACGGUCACCAACUACUUCAUCGCAAACCUGGCCUUGGCAGACCUGAUGAUGGACACUCUGUGUUUACCAUUCACGCUGGUCUACACGCUGUUGGAUGAAUGGAAGUUUGGAGAAGUGAUGUGUCAUAUGGUGCCUUUCAGCCAAGCUCUGAGCGUACAUGUCUCCAUUCUCACUUUGACAGUCAUUGCUCUGGAGCGCUACAGGUGUAUUGUCUUUCAUCUCGGCCAACGGCUCAAUAAAUGCACUAGUUUCAUCAUCAUUGGUCUGAUUUGGACGUUCGCUGCCAUAUUGGCUGGACCAUUGGCUAUCUUUCGGGAAUAUAGGCGCGAGGAGAUCCCGUACAUUGGCUUGCGUAUAGCGGUCUGCUCUGAGAAGUGGCCCAAUGGCACCAACCGAGAUGCGGUUAUAUACAGUCUAUCGAUGCUCGUCCUACAGUACAUGGUACCGCUGACGAUCAUCAGCUAUGCUUAUGUGUGCAUCUGGAUCAAACUGAAAAACCACAUCAGCCCCUGCAACCGCAACGAUAGUAUCGCCCGUCGCAAGAAAACCACUAAGAUGCUGGCAAUGGUAGUUGUUGUCUUUGCCGUUUGCUGGCUUCCUUUCCAUUUGUUCCAGUUGGCGAGUGAUCUCGACUUGAUUCUGAAGUUCAGAGAGUACAAACUCAUUUAUACGUUGUUUCACAUCGUGGCUAUGUGCUCGACGUUUGUCAAUCCGUUGCUCUACGGCUGGAUGAACCAGAACUACAGGAAUGGGUUCCUUAUGUUCUUUCGCUGUGAACACAAACCAGACACCAUUUACCCUGAUGGGUCCUUCAGGACUCGAUCUUUGAGAGGAAUGAUUGUGAACGGGCACAAUGACGGACAGCCUGCAGCUGCUGUCUGAUCAUAAAGACUGAGGUUAAAUGCUUUCAGUGGACCUAGCUACAGUAAAAAGUUGGAUCAACUUAAAAAAAUACUUCAAUUGGUACAUCAUGAUCUAACGAAAAGUUGUGUUAUAUUCAUGAAAAAUUGUAUUAAUUUAUUUGUGUCCAUGGCAUAAAAUUCAGCUUUUUUUCGUGCCUUGAGCACGAACGUCUUUUUCGUGUCAUUUUAUGUAUUGUUUUCUCAUUUUUCCCCCUAUUUUUAAAUCAUUGUCACUUGGGGAUGGGGUUACACUUUGGGUUUGGGUUAGGAUGUAAUUUUAUGUAUUGGUUUCUACAUGUUUUUCUUCCGCUUUUAAAACUAUUCUCACCUGGAGUUGGGGUUUGUAUUAGGAUGUCUAAAAAUGUUACAGAAAGUGAUUCUAACACCAAGCGACAAUGGUAAGAAAAUAGGAAAAAACUAUGAGAAAACGGUACAUAAAAUUAGACGAAAAAGAAAGUCGUGCCACAGACACGAAAAACUAUUUAUAAAAAUUAGUGCGAGUGACACAAAAAAGCUGAAUUUCAUGCCAUGGACACGAAUAGCUCAGUCUGAAUUGGUAACACUUAAAACAUAGAAUUUUAUCAACUUACAUUUUCACCUAAAGUGAAAUUUUAAGUUGCAAAAACUUAGUGUUACCAAUUGAAGUAAUUUUAAGUAGUUAAGGUCUCCAAUAAUCUAUUUCCGGCAAAACAUACACUAGAAAAAAAUGAAAGGUUCAGCAACUUAUCAACUUGACCAAAUGACUUCAAUUGGUAACACCUAAAAAUAUUAAGUUGUAUCAAUUUAUAUGUUUAAGUAAAAAAAACUUAACACUAAAAACAUAAUUUUUAGGGUGUUAUUGAAGUAAUUCUUUUACUUUUUCACUUUUUAUAGUGUGUGUUUUGCUGGAAAUAGAUUAUUGACGUCCUAAACUACAUAUGUAGUUAUUGAAUCUACUGUCAACUAACUAAACCAUUACUCCUUGAUUUUUCACCGUCUGCUGCAAGUUAUAAAAAAGUGAUCAUGCAUAAGUCUGAUAUACCGCAGACAAACUGAAGUAGCUUAGUCAAUAGAGUCAAUUUGCGUACUAUAUGUAGGCUACUAUACACAUAUACGGGUCAAUUUUGUGGUGAGGUAAAAUAUUAUAAAAUCAAUCAAUCAAUUCAGUUGUGAUUUGUCAAAGGUGAAAAUGUUGUGCAUGUUUUGUUCUGUUGAAAGAUGCAUAUAUGUAUAUACGUAAUGUAUGGUACUGUAAGCUAUAUGUAUUGAAGUGCUUCAGUGUAAUCUAUAGAUUCACAUGGCUGUAUGCUUUAUAUUUAAUCUUUUGUUAUUUGUUAUUAUAUAAAAGCUACACGUGUAUUAUGGUGCAGCUAUAGCACACUAGACUUUAAAAAUUACCAUGUGGUUAUGAGCACAAAACAAUAGCAUUCACAGUGCUGUAGUUGCAUUAUUUAUUGCCAGUGCGACCUAAUGUUUUUAUGCCGUAAAGACUUCGUAUUCUAGGUGUUGCAAACAAGGGAAAGUGGAGAAGAAACCUUUAAGAAUAUAAUGCGGCCCAUCUGCAUCACAUUUCAAGAACCUUCACAGAUACAAAGAGUUGAAGAUACAGAUAUUACACAAUGAUUUCAACUCAUUUGUUGAUUUUACUGUAACAAGUCAUUGUUAAUGUAGCCAAAUUGCUUUCUCCAUAACUUUGUGCUCCGUCUCGAAUGUUAUUUAUUUAUUUAUUUAACAUGAUUGGGUGGCAUAUUUUCUCUUCAUUAGAAAUAAGUUGCACUUUUGAGUUUUUUUUAUCUCAUUGAACAAACCCUGUGCAAAUGAAAUGUUUUUGCCAAUUAAA